AUGAAUAAACCACUACGAUCCCACCAUCCCUUAUUUAAAAUUAUAAAUAAUGCGCUAGUAGACUUACCUGCUCCUAUUAAUAUUUCUGCCUGAUGAAACUUUGGCUCAUUACUUGGAUUAUGUUUAAUUAUUCAAAUUUUAACUGGACUAUUCCUAGCUAUACAUUAUACAGCAAAUAUUGAAAUAGCCUUUAACAGAGUUAAUCACAUCUGUCGAGAUGUUAAUUAUGGUUGAUUAUUACGAACCUUACAUGCAAACGGUGCUUCAUUUUUUUUUAUUUGUAUCUAUGCUCACAUUGGACGAGGGCUGUAUUAUAACUCUUAUUUAUAUAUCCCUACUUGAUCAAUUGGAAUAUUAAUUUUAUUUGUCGUAAUAGGAACUGCUUUUAUAGGAUAUGUUUUACCUUGAGGACAAAUAUCUUUCUGAGGAGCAACAGUUAUUACAAAUCUUUUAUCCGCCAUCCCUUAUCUAGGAACAAUAUUAGUUCAAUGAAUCUGAGGAGGAUUUGCUGUAGAUAAUGCAACUUUAACACGAUUUUUUACAUUCCACUUUUUAUUCCCAUUUAUUAUUGCUGCUAUAACUAUAAUUCAUUUAUUAUUCCUCCAUCAAACAGGUUCUAAUAACCCCUUAGGAUUAAAUAGAGAUUCAGAUAAAAUCCCCUUUCAUCCUUAUUUCUCUUUUAAGGAUUUAAUUGGAUUUAUUGUUAUAAUUAUAAUAUUAAGAAUUCUAACAAUCACAGCCCCUUAUUUUCUUGGAGAUCCAGAUAAUUUUAUUCCAGCAAAUCCUCUUGUAACCCCUCCUCAUAUUCAACCAGAAUGAUACUUCCUAUUUGCUUAUGCAAUUUUACGUUCAAUUCCUAAUAAAUUAGGAGGAGUAAUUGCCCUUGUUAUAUCAAUUGCUAUCCUUUUCCUUAUACCUUUACUCCAUACAAAUCAAUCACAAGGACUUCAAUUUUACCCAUUAAAUCAAAUCCUAUUCUGAUAUAUAGUAAUUACUAUUAUUCUAUUAACAUGAAUCGGAGCUCGUCCUGUUGAAACUCCUUAUAUUUUAACAGGACAAAUUUUAACUGUUCUUUACUUCUCUUAUUAUAUCUUAAAUCCAAUUAUUUCAAAAUUCUGAGAUAACUUAUUAAAUAAUUAG